CCACUAGCGUAUUGAAUGAUGGCGACGACUACGCGGAUUGGGGGCUGAGAUUUAAAUCCUACUUCUCCUGUGGAGCUGCAGCGAAAAGGAAGAGAAGGAAAACAGGUCUCUUCUACUAGCCCUGGGAACGGUGAAGAUAUAUACACACAGGCCGCAUCACGGAGGUGCGUGUCGCGCCCAGAGUAAGCCCGACCGCUCCGGCCCGAGUCGGCGGAAAGGGUGUCCCGGGUCCCCGGGGUGCAAAGAGAGGCCGUGUCCGGGAGAGUGGCCGGUGGGGGAGAAGCUCGGUGAGGAUUCUGUUGGACUGUCGCGAGCACCGAAGCCGUGCGAAAGGUCGGCUGAGCGGCUUUGGAAAGAGCGCCUACGACGGAGGCCACAUGAGAAGCAAACGGGUGCAACUUGACUGACUGAUGCUGCUGCUGCGAGACAAACAGUGGGACUUUAUUUUAGGGGAACUGUAUGUUGCUUUUUUUAAAUGUUGAACUUGAAGGCUGGGUCAGAACACACAUUCGGCACGUUGCCGUUUUAAUAGCUCCUUAAAAAGGUACCGGCUUCCAAACGUCGCUGGCGUGUAGGCACUGCUUUCCGCCUCGCUCAUGGUCCCUGGCAAGUGCUGGUCGGUGGGGAGACUCGUCGCUACGUUCUGCCUUAACCGUAAGCCCUUCCCAUAGCUUUCGGGUAAAGAAGUUUGUUGUUGGUGUGUAGAAACACUUCCGCUUGUAUCGCGAUACGACCCCCUGUUGGCGGCUUCUCGGUCGUGAUUGUGCAGCCCUUUCGAGGUAGGCUUGGCGGCAGAGCAGACUUGUUUAGCGAUACUUGUUGAUUCUCGUCGUUUAACUUUUUUAGGCGGGCGUAAGAGGGGUCUUUACCUGAUGAUUCACUCAGCCAGAACCGAGGCUGAUUGCUUUUUAUCUUGACACACGCUGUUAUACGGCAACAGUUUUGAAGCUGGAGUAAUGCCUCGUUCCCUUUAAGCGUUUACCAACCCUCAUGUAAUUAAUAAGGAAAAAAGUUAGACACUAUGUGCAUCGUUAUAAGAGGUUCUCCUUGACACAUGUUGAAUACGCUAUGGACUUUUCACGUUAAUGCGACAGGAACAAGUGAUGUCAAAAGUAAUGGUUGCACAUUGUUUCUUAGUGACAUAAAAUCUAAUAGGUUGAAGCGAAAGAUGCUGUGACAGAAAGUAAGAACUACGCCACGGAAAUUCUUCCUGCUCUUUGAUUCCAGCAUAGUACUAUUUCAGGAUACUAUAUCACUUAUAGUGCCGUUUAGAGGUGUUAAUUUACAUAUCCAGAGCUAUAGUGCAAAUAGGAAUGUUUCUGUGUUCACUGUUCCUGUAAUGGAGCUCUCUAGCUGUUUUCCACAGCUGAAGUAGUGGUAGCUGUGGGAUUGAAUAGAGGGAAAUAUGUGACCAGAACCAGUGAGUGAACAGAAUUAGUUUCAAGGUUUGGCCUUAGUGUGUAAGCCUUUGCCCCCAGUAUUGUUGAACUGCGCAUCUGACGCUUUUGUGAUAGAGGUUAUUGUUUCUUAGGUCAUUGAGUAUUCAAUUCACACACAGUUCUAUCAGAUAUUUGUUGGAUUUGUAGUAUGUGGUUGUGGUAGGCAAGUGGAUCUUUUUUUCUUUUUAAAACUGACAUUUGAAUCAGGUUGUCCUGCAUGGCUGCCCAUAAUAUAUGAAACCACAUGCAAAACGGCGUGUAUCCCAGGGAUCAGAUCAUUUCUGUGUGCCUGUAGUUCAGUAACCAGGCCGCCGGUUUGGACAAGGCACUUUUUGGCUUAACUGCGAAAUCCUACGCUGUUCUGUAACUCUGAUUCAGUUUGACACCGUGUGAGUGAGUCCCGUUAAUGUGAAAGGGGAAGUCCAAUGCUGACAGGUUACUGGUAUUUUAGUAAUAUGUCAGUGCCAAAUUCCACUGGGCAGGUGUGACAGUAUGUGCUACUUCUGCUUCUUCAGAGAAUGUUUGUCCGUGAAUCACAACACCACGCAUCUGUAAAAUAAUUUAUCUGAGCUGAAGAACUUAUCCUUACACUGUGUACAGACCAUUCUAUUAAUGUGUAGGCCAUACUACUUAUUUAUAUAUGUGGCCUUGUAAAUUUUAUUUAUUAUGUGUCCCAUGAUUGUAUAUUUAAUUAACCUUUAAACAAAUAAGGGCCUAAACUACAGGUCCAUCCAAAUAAUCUAAUUAAAGUCACACUUAACUGAGUUUUACUUUUCAUACCAUUAGAGUGCUUCAGUUUUCCCGCAAGCAGUUACCCUGUCUGUCUAAAACUUAUGUUAAGUUUAACAGGUGGGCAAAAUUGUGUUCGUUCUUUAAAGGGCUGUUGGGGGGUACAUUCCACAUACUUUGGAGUUAGAAUUUGAUCUUUAAAUAUUGUGUCAUCAGGAUCCAGACAGAGUCCUUCAAGUUUGUUGUUGCCUUGAAUGUAAUUUUCCUUCUCUCAAUGAUUGUCCCAAGAAACAAGAGGUGCUUCUCCUGCAUUGUGUGCCAAGAGAAGACCCGUUGCUACCCAGGUGAGGCAGUGAGCGAUACAUAUGGACUGAGAAACUGAACACUUAAAAAAAUAAAUAAAUAAAUAAAUAAAUAUAUAAGACGCCUUUUUGGAGAGUGCUGCUUUACAUGGCCUGUUGCAAGGUCACGUAUGGUGCUUCUCUUGCUCUUCACUUCUGAACUCUGCUUUCAAAAUUCUGUCUGAAUAAGAAAGAAGGAGAGAAACGCUACACGGCGGGGGCUAUUCUGCCAACCCCUUCUCCCUUUUCUCCCCUCACCCACCUCCCUCUUGGAUUCUUGGAUUGUUGUGGUCCUUGGUGUUGAUUUGGCACCCAGUCUUUAUGGGGCAGCAGCCAGGAAAAGUUCUCGGGGACCAGCGGAGGCCAAGCUUGCCAGCUCUUCACUUUAUCAAAUCUACGAAGAAGGACUCGUCCCGGCAUGGAGCCCAACAUUGCAAUGUUUUCGUUGAGCAUGAAGCUCUCCAGCGACCUGAAUUUGAGCCUCCUGGUUUGACUGAAGCAGCCCGGUGGAACUCCAAAGAGAAUCUACUAGCAGGCCCCAGCGAGAAUGACCCCAACCUCUUUGUUGCACUGUAUGACUUUGUAGCCAGUGGGGACAACACUCUGAGCAUAACCAAAGGGGAAAAGCUCCGUGUCCUAGGUUACAACCACAAUGGAGAGUGGUGUGAGGCCCAAACCAAAAAUGGCCAAGGCUGGGUGCCCAGUAACUACAUUACACCUGUCAACAGCCUGGAGAAGCACUCCUGGUACCACGGCCCAGUUUCACGCAAUGCUGCAGAGUACCUCUUGAGCAGUGGAAUCAAUGGCAGCUUCCUGGUACGAGAGAGUGAGAGCAGCCCGGGACAGAGGUCCAUCUCAUUGCGCUAUGAAGGCAGAGUAUACCACUACAGAAUCAACACAGCCUCAGAUGGCAAGCUCUAUGUGUCAUCAGAAAGCCGCUUCAACUCACUGGCAGAGUUGGUACACCAUCACUCCACUGUGGCAGAUGGGCUCAUCACAACCUUGCACUAUCCGGCUCCCAAGCGCAACAAGCCCACCAUCUAUGGGGUGUCACCCAACUAUGACAAAUGGGAAAUUGAGCGCACAGACAUCACCAUGAAGCACAAACUGGGUGGCGGACAGUAUGGCGAAGUCUAUGAGGGUGUCUGGAAAAAGUAUAAUGUCACAGUAGCAGUCAAGACUUUAAAGGAGGACACAAUGGAGGUAGAGGAGUUUUUAAAGGAAGCUUCUGUGAUGAAGGAGAUAAAACACCCCAACCUGGUGCAGCUCCUGGGUGUUUGUACGAGGGAGCCUCCUUUCUACAUCAUCACCGAGUUCAUGACCCAUGGCAACCUGCUGGAUUACUUGCGGGAGUGCAACCGGGAAGAGGUCAACGCCGUUGUGCUGCUCUACAUGGCCACACAAAUUUCUUCAGCCAUGGAGUAUCUUGAGAAGAAGAAUUUCAUCCACAGGGAUCUUGCUGCCAGAAACUGCCUUGUUGGGGAAAACCACUUGGUAAAGGUGGCAGACUUUGGCCUGAGCCGACUCAUGACUGGCGAAAUCUACACUGCACAUGCUGGUGCCAAAUUCCCCAUUAAGUGGACAGCCCCAGAAAGCCUUGCUUACAAUAAGUUCUCCAUCAAGUCUGAUGUGUGGGCCUUUGGUGUUUUACUGUGGGAAAUUGCCACCUAUGGAAUGUCUCCCUAUCCGGGGAUUGACCUGUCUCAGGUUUACGAGCUCCUUGAGAAGGAUUACCGCAUGGAUCGUCCGGAGGGCUGCCCAGAGAAGGUCUACGAGCUCAUGAGGGAGUGCUGGCAGUGGACUCCAUCAGAGAGGCCAUCAUUUGCAGAAAUCCAUCAAGCGUUUGAGAACAUGUUCCAGGAGUCGAGCAUUUCAGACGAGGUUGAGAAGGAGCUGGGAAAGAAGGUCAGGAAAGGAGUGGCCAGUUCGUUACUCCAGGCCCCUGAACUGCCCACUAAGACCAGGACCCUUCGCAGAAAUGUGGACAAGGACGGUGACAGCCCAGAGGUCGCUGAGCCCGAGGUGGCCAUCUCUCCGAUGCUUCCUAGGAAAGAGAGAGCUUUUUUGGACAGCAACCUGAACGAGGAUGACCGUCUGCUACUGAAGGACAAGAAGCCCAACUUAUUCAGUGCCUUGAUCAAGAAGAAGAAAAAGACUGCCCCUGCCCCUCCAACGCGCAGCAGCUCCUUCCGGGAGAUGGACAUGCACCCUGACCGACGUGGAUGCCUGGAAGUGGGGGAGGAUUUCAAUAACGGGCCCCUGUCGGCUGAUGCGUUGUCCUCCAUUGAACCCUGUAAGUUUCAGUGCGCCAACAAUGGCAGCAGCAUUACCAAUGGAGCCACCACUCAGCCGGGGCCUUCAGGGCUCUUCCUGCCGCACACCAGAAAGUCGAGCACUUUGACCUCCAGCAUAGCUGGUCGAACUGCUGUGACGCCCAGUGAGGAGGACCCCGUAUCAAAUUCGAAACGGUUUUUGAGGUCCUGCUCUGCCUCCAGCAUGCCCCCUGGUCCCGAGAAAGCUGAAUGGAAGUCGGUCACCCUGCCCAGAGACAUUCAGAUCUCCACACACCACUUUGAUCCAUCUCCCUUUAGCCGGCCAGCUCUGCCACGCAAGAAGGCCAGUGAGCACAAAGGCGAAGGUGCCGCUCGUGCUGGUGGUGCACUUACGCCCCCUCCACGGCUGCCCAAAAAGGUAGAUGAACCAGUGGAAGAUGUGUUUAAGGACCCCGAGUCCAGCCCAGGCUCCAGCCCACCAAACCUGACGCCUAAGCUUAGCCGGCGUGCCCAGCCUAAUUCGGAUGGCACCAAAAACAGUGGUAUGCAGACUUCAGAACCAAUGCCCAAAGGCAGCACUUUCAUGGGUGCAGGCGGGAGUGAGGAACCACGAAUGAGACGGCUGAAAUCGGCUGUGGAGAAAGGGAAACAGCAGAAACCAAAACCAGCUCCGCCACCCCCGCCCUCCUCGUCCACCACUAAAUCGGGCAAACUCGCUCGACCUCCGCCACUCGAGUGCCCUGCUGCUCCUGUGGACACCAAAGCCAAAGCUGUAGAGAGCAGCCCAGCAGAAUGUGGAAAGAUGCCACAGCCCCCCGAGGGGAAUAAGAAGCUGGCCGUCGCAUCCAUUCCCAAACUGCAGCAGAGUAAAACGCCCCUGUUGGGGUCCUCCACAAGUAGCCAGCAGCAGUUGCCGCCCCCUUCCAGCUCCACGACCGAGCAAUCAUCCUCGCCCACCGCCUUCAUUCCCCUGAUCUCCACCCGGGUCUCGCUCAGGAAGACCCGCCAGCCCCCCGAGAAACUGUCCAGCUCGGCCAUCACGCGUGACAUGGUCCUUGAAGGUACCGAGCAGCUGCGGGUGGCCAUAGCCCGCGUGUCCGAGCAGACCGGCAGCCAUGGGGCGGUACUGGAGGCCGGGAAGAACCUGUUUGGCUACUGCGUCAGCUUUGUGGACUCCAUACAGCAGAUGAGAAACAAAUUUGCCUUCCGUGAGGCCAUCAACAAGCUGGAGAGCAACCUGCGGGAGCUGCAGAUCUGCCCGGCUAACUCUGGGGGGCCGACUUCAUGCCAAGACUUCUCCAAGCUGCUUUCGUCAGUCAAGGAAAUUAGUGACAUUGUCCAGAGGUAGCAAAAAAAGAUACGGAAAGUAGGGGGACACAUGAAGAAGAAGAAAACGGGAACUGCUAAAUUCUGGGAGGCCACUUGGAGCACACAGUUUGAGGUGGGGGGGGGAUUGGUGGUAUUUUACAUUUUAACCAAUGGGGCACAUUCCCUCCCCUUUCUGAAUUCUUCUUAGUUCCUAAACAAAAAGUGAACUGAAAACCUCACUUAAUGAACGAGUCCUGUGGUGAAGGGUCGACUGAGGACUGAGCUGUGAAAUGCAAUGCAUCCCCACCGGCACGGGUCGAAGCCGUUGGAUGAGCAGCAUCCGGGCUAAGCUGGCUGAAGGCAGGACCACCGACCCACCUCUUCCCCAACCCCGGAUGUUCAGAAUCAAAGAGUCAGAUGUUGGGAGCAGUUUGAACUUUUGCUGUGGGGGGGAUAUGGCGGCGCAGAUGGCCUAACGUGUGUUGCUUUGUCAAGGGCUCAACUCUCACCUUGAGCAGCAUGUGCCUUAACCCAGUUAUAUGAUGACAAUGUACCUGUGUGUUGAAAA